UGAGUUGACAAUCGCCAGUCGAUAGCAAAACAUGAGAGAGUGCUCAUCGCGCAGCAAUACGCGUCUGCUUAGUGUGGUAAUCGUAAUCGAUCAACGUCUCAGAAUCGACACUUGUCGAUAUUUAAUCGAGAUCCUUUCUCGCCGCAUCACAGGCGAUUAACGAUAGUAUAUAAAUUUAUACAUUCGCCUGUGUGACUUUUCAAUUUCGCCAAGACGCAAAAUACAAAAAAUACAUUGCAUAAGUCACAAGUAAAAACCGAGUGGGAAAUAGCAUCAACAAAAAGUGUUGUUGCUUAACGUGUCAUGAGUUGGUUCGACCUGUUCCCACAUCUAUGGAGUUUCAUCUAGACAGUGCAGAAUACUGCCAGGCACAGCACAAAUAAAAAGUAAGCAAUCCUCAAACAAGGCGGUGAUAGCCUGAGUGAACACGGUCACCUCUUCGGAAGUCGACGUCGAUAAGUGGUGUGGAUCAGAAAAGCUUAAUACCGUCAACGGAUCAGCCGAAAAAGCGGCAGCAGCGGCCCGAAAAAGCCAAAGUCUGUUCAUCUAUGGGAGAGAAAGCAUAAAACUAAAUUUUUAGCAUCGCGGUGAUCGCAGAUCAUAUCACAACAAGGAGAAAUUUUAAUUUUUAACAACGAAACUGAGAAAAAGUUGUAAUAUUUUCAAAAAAACAAAACUAAAACUGAGCCCAAAUCAUUUUAGUUAGCUUAAAAUUCGUGUGACACUUAACAGGGAAUCACUUUUAGGUCACAGAAAACUGAUUAAUUUUCUUUGUGAUAGAAGAAAAAAUCCAAAAUUGUACUUAAUUAAAAAAAAACAAUUAAUUUUUACUUAAACAAUAACUUAGGUUUGUGUUUUGGUGUAAAUCAUUUAAGCAUACAAUACGAAAACAGAGUUAAUUAUAUUUAUAUUUAUUUUUUAUGCAUAACUCAAACCUAAACGAAAUUCAAUUGUAAGCCUCUAACACGCUGAAUUUUUAAUCUAGAAAUCGAACUACUUCCGUU